CUCAAUGAUGCAACGUAAACGCGUCUGGACGGAUAGGUUUUGAUUCUGUACAGCAUUAUUAAAUAAUUCUUAUGCAAUUUAGACUAUAUUGUUAAUUCGACUAUAUAUUUGUAAAAACAUAUUGUGUUAAUUUACUAACGUGAGCCAGCUACAUACGUUUUUGUUGUUGUCGUUAUAGAGUUAUUUUUUUUUUUGUGUGAGUACGCUGUCAUUGGGUUCUUGACGAGAACAAAAAUAGAAGAAAUAAAUAGAUUUUGUUUAUUUUAUUUAUGCGUUUGUUUAACUCUCCAGAUGUAACUACACAGGAAUUGAGUUUGUAUACGAUAUGAACAGCAGUCGGGGCCAGUGCGGAGGUCGAGACUCUGCUGAAGGCAGUGCUGGGAGAUGGGGCCGAGGAGGCAAGGAGCUGGUUGAUUUGAUAAAAAGUAACCAGGUGGUGGUAGUUAACGGAGAGACAGGUUGUGGGAAGACAACGCAAGUUACCCAGUUCAUUCUGGGUGACUAUAUCGAGAAGCAAAUGGGAUCUUUCUGCAGAAUAGUCUGCUAGUCUGCACACAGCCACGGAGGAUCAGUGCCAGUUCUCCGGUUACCAAGGAAACAAGGUUCUAUCUUGUAUUGUACCACAGGCAUCAUCCUGCAGUGGCUACGGUCUUCAAGUAGACAGUAGCUAAAAUCAAGAUCGUAGACCCAAGCGGAAGAAGUGCUUCAUGCAAGGUAAAAUGGCUCGACUGGAGAAGUAGCUGAAAGAGGAGGAGUACCAAGAAAGCUGGCCCAGUUACGCAAGAAGCCUGCGUGAUAGGUAUUCCGAUAGUACAACUGAUGCAUUAGAGAUCAUUGAUAAUGAUGAUAAAAUUGACCUGUCGCUGAUUGUAGCAUUGAUCAGGCACAUAGUCCUGAAAGAGGAGUGUGCAGCCUGGUCAGUGGUACCAUCUGUAUAAUGGAUUGAGAGCCAGCCUCCUGGAUGAUUAUCAGUUGCAAGAAAUGAUGAGGACUCCAUUGAAGGAACUCUGCUUACAAAUAAAGAUAUUAAAGCUUGGCAGAAUUGCCUCAUUUCUCAGGGCUGCAUUGGAUCUCCAAUCGAAUGAGACUGUCAACUUAGCUGUAACCCAUUUAAUGGACCUGGAUAAAGAAAAGCUUGAAGAUACAAAGAGGUUGGCAAAGACCUCUAAAAGUGACCAUCUAACUGUAGUGAAUGCAUUUUGGGGCUGGGAGGAAGCAAAACAACAUGGUUACAAAGCUGAGUGUGACUACUGCUGGGAGCACUUUCCGUCUUCAAACACCCUCCAGAUGCUGCACAACAUGAAAGCACAAUUUGCAGAACACCUGCUGGCUGCCGGAUUCAUCGAGCAAAAACCCCAAAGAUCCCAAUUCCAGUAUCAACUCAGGUUGAAGGUUUGCGCAAAACCAGAUAGCAAAGUUAGCGUCCACCCCAAGUCAGUAAAUGCAGAAGCAGCAGAAUUCCAUUACAGCUGGCUUAUCUAUCACCUGAAGAUGAAAAGAAGCAGUGUAAGUUGGAAAUAUUAUUCAUGUUAGAAGUCGCAGUGGCACCUGCCAUUAUUACAUUGCACUUAACCCUAGAAGCCCCAGGGCAGUCAUUUUGCCGUUUUUUGGUUUUAAAAUAUUCUCCACUCGUGUAACACACAUGGGGCUGCGUGUUCAUGUAUCUUUCUGUCCGUAUGUAUUAAAUAUUCUCACAAAGCAUGAAACGUGGGAGUGCAGAAAUAAAGGAGAUAUAUUACAU